AUGGCCGACUACCCAUCCACAGCAUCCAGCGCUCAGGGCAUCUUCUCCCGCCGCCCCUCGUUUUUCGGUGGAAAGACCAAGGGACAUAAGCAAACACCGUCGACGCUACAGACCAGCAGCAGGCAUAGCAUCGCAUCGUCGGUGACGGAUCUCGGCUCCCAGCUGCGGAGGUCACGGUCCGCCUCGCUUCGAACAAACACUUCCGACGGCACGGCCAAGACGUCGUCCUCGCAUAAGAGGACCCCCUCGGCCACCCUGGCGCUCACCUACUCCCCCGACAAGGCUCCCGUCCCCAACACGCUGUCCAAUGCCUCGCGGCCCGCCCUCUCCAUCUCCACCUUCUCACGCAGCAAGCCAAAGAGCAGCGACAACGUAAAGGCAGACAGCGGAGGACAGGCCCACGUCUACGAGAAGAGCCCCCUCAGUGCUGUCGACAAGCCCAAGACACCUUUUGGCAACAUGGCCGUCCCUAUUCCACUGCGGCAUCCGCCCUCCCAGAAGGAGAUUCUCCAGGCAAACCAGCAGUCAAAUCGCACCUUGGCUCCAGCAGCCCCCAUCCCCGUCCCCAAUGGCUCCAACCCCAACAUCAUAUUCCAGCACAUCCACGAGCUUGCCUCGAAACGAAUAUCCACCCUCGACUACCUACGAAAAGCUCACGAAGGCCGAAUCUACUGGUUCAACACGCUCCUCUUCUCCAAAACCGACCUCACCCGCCUCCCCUCCUUCACAACCCGCAACCAAGCCCGCCGCGCAACCCAUUACCUCCUCCUCGGCUUCUCCCUCCCCACCAUCCUCGACCUAAACGCAAACUCCCCCUCGGACUACCUCAAAGCCCUCAAUGCCCUCCUCCUAGAAUUCGAACAAUACCAAUCCAUACACCCAGCCGAUGGCUCCACCCCAUCGUCCCUUAGUCGCGCCCGCCUCCCCCAAAUGUUCAAGCGCGCAAACAUGGGCAUGGGUAUGGGAAUGAGCAUGGGCAGCAAAGGCCGACGAAGCAGCUCCGCAAACGGCGACUUCCCCGUUCUCACUCCUAGCAACAGUUUCACCGGCUCCGAAACAUCGGGUUUCGAUUCUCCGCCUACCGAUGAUCUUCUUCUCCCCAACGAAUCUUAUACGCACCUUCAAACACCUAGCUUACCCUUUGACCCCGAUUUCUUCAGCACCUUUGCGACGCUGUGCGAUGUGUUGAUUGAUUGCUACACCAAGAUUCUGAGCAUGCUUAGUACGCCUGAGAGUGUGGCGAGCGCGGGGGGUGGUGUGCCCAAUCUUGUGGGUGAUUUGUUUAACAAGGCGGAUGCGAGGGUGAGGAAGAUUAUCCUUGCAGGCGUUGUAAGGGAGUUUGAGGAUAGUUGCCGGGCGGGGCUGAAGAGUGAGGUGGGAGGUGUGGGUAAGGUUGUUCUGGGGGGAUUGAUGUAA